GUGCCCCCCUGUCUUUAUACAUACAGCAUGUUAGUAAAGAUACCUUUCAACAGGCCAGUUCCACACAUACAAAUCUGACCAGGACACUGAAUGCCCUAUCCUGCCAUAAACACAGACCUCUUCUCUUCAUAUGCCAGCAAGAAAGCCAAAGCUGAACAAGAGGAUCCUGACCAAGCCAACCGAAGCCUGCAGAGUACAUAGGGAUCAACUAGUCACGUCAUGAUUGAAGCUGACAAAGAGCUAUCAGCCAUGGUGCAGGAAAUUUGGGAUAAAGAUGUCAACAGAUUGAAACCAGGAACAGACUACCGAAUCUCUCUGCAGGGAAAAGCCGGGCCUGUCAGUGCAGACAUGAAUGAUGACUUGAAUGAUGACAAUGAUGGAGCUGGAUAUCCUCUAUUCUCGUUUGUUGAUGAAAGCAUUUUCAAAAAGGAGUCUUUUUUAGCCUUCAUCUCCCUCCUGGAUAACUAUGAGAGUGAUACCGGUGAGCCUGAAAUUGUAACCCCAGAGGAGGAAGCAGAAAACCACAAGUUCCUGGAUUGCAUGCUUCGAACAACCACCAUGAAGACUGCACAUAAGUAUCUAGUAGAGAAACAGCUCUCCCCAGAGGAUUUACCGGAAUUCAAGAAGCAGCUCUACCGCAUCUGGUUUGAGCUGUAUGCCAGACGAGGAGCUAGCAAGCCAGACUCCUCAGGGUUUGAACAUGUUUUUGUCGGAGAGACCAGAGGGGGCCGGACAGUCAUUGGCUUUCACAACUGGAUCCAGUUGUAUUUGCAAGAAAAGCUGGGACACAUUGAUUACAAAGGCUACAGUGUGAAUGCAAAUUCCCCCCAGCCUGAUGAGAAUAAACACAUUCUGGCGCUACAGUUCAGUUGGAAGAAUGGAAUCAAACCGAAAGGAAGCAUCUUCAUUGGCGUCAGUCCUGAAUUUGAGUUUGCUCUUUAUACCCUGUGUUUUCUGGUCUCACCCAAUGAACGUGUUAAAGUGUUCUUCAGUAUCUAUGAGGUGGACAUUGUCUGCCACCACUACAACCAGAAGCAUAUUGGCACAACCUAUCCUGUUCUUGUGAAAUACCAAAAUGAACCCAAAAACCCAAAACAGUAAUUAGACUGGACUUCUCAAAUACACUCUCACCAAAGUGCCAUGAGUAUUGUCUAUGUCUUAUUUUCAAUAAAUGAUACAAUAAAUAUAUU